AUGGCUGAUACCAACCCUCUAUAUCUCGUCCAAGGCGUCCCCGGAAAGGGUCACGGUCUUGUUGCAGCUUCAAAGAUCUCCAAAGGCACACGCAUCCUCUCCGAGGCUCCCCUGAUACAGGUGCCUCGAGAUGUGAAUGACAAGGAUCAACUUCGUCGUUCCAUAGCCGCCAAGCUUGCCUCCCUCUCAGAGGAUCAACGACGGUCAUACUUCGCAUUGAAGAAUUCUCAUGCAGAAGAGGGCAGCGAACUCGGGAUCGCUAAGACGAACGCUCUCCCUUUGGGCUCGGGUGCGCCUAAAGGGGCCGUUUUCUUGGUUGCGUCUCGCAUCAAUCAUUGCUGCCAUCAGAACGCCCAGAAUACCUGGAAUGAGAAGCUUCAGAAACUCACAAUUCAUGCCUGUCAAGACAUUGAAGAAGGAGAAGAAAUCACCAUCACGUACCUGUCAGAGCAUGCAGGCUAUGUGGCCCGCCAGCGCACUCUUCAAGCCAGGUUUCGCUUUCGCUGCUCCUGCCAUGUCUGUUCUCUGCCCAUUUCCGAUCGCAAACUGAGUGAUGGCAGGCUGCAUGAGAUUCAGAAGCUAGACGAUGCAAUCGGUGACGGAAUGGCGCUUCUUUCCACCCCUCUCGACACCCUCCACAACGUGCAGAGAUUGUUGGAGCUGCUCAAAGUCGAGGGCCUUGGCGAUGCAAGCGUCCCCAGAGCUUAUUAUGACGCAUUUCAGGUCACUGUCACUCAUGGAGAUCUAGCGAGGGCUAAAGUCUUUGCUGAGCGAGCAAUGUCGAGUCGAAAGGUUCUGGAAGGAGACGACAGCCCUGACGUGGAAAGGCUACAGCGACUAUACCACAAUCCAUCUCAGCAUAGAUCCUACGGCAUCUCAAACAAGUGGAAAUCUAGUAUUGGAGACUUCCCAAAAGAAUUGGCGGCUGAUGAGCUUGAACUUUGGCUUUGGCGGCAGCAAAAGCCUUGCGACUUGCAAUUUGCAGACCUACGAUGCGAGCCAACCUUCCCAGCGUUUGAAAAUCUUCCUGGGGAACACGACGUCAACUUCGAGUUCUACGAAAGUACGGUCGGGGUUACUCUUCAUCCAAACAAGCAUUGGGCUUUCUUGGGCGAAAUCGUGGACGUGGAAGCUAUGUUCCGCUUGAGGCUUAUCGUCAAGGACAGGAACGAGCAAGAGAUCCCGGUUGCUUUCUACACUAACCAAGCUGGGUACGAACUAGCUCCCUCGAUGCGCGUGGUUGGAUAUACUGUUGUAAUACUCUACGCCGAACAACAUGGAUUUUUGGAUCUUACUUUCGGUAUCCGUCUUGAGAGACCAGAGCUUCUGAGGAUAUUUCCUGUCUCUCUAAAUGAAUUGCAUCUGCUGAGUGACAGAGUGCAAAAGCAUGCCAAGGUUGUCGAUGGCAUGAGAACUUGCCAGGGCUGCAAUAGCAAAUCAGCUUCCCUACGGAAAUGCGCCAGGUGUGGUUUCUUCUGGUACUGUAACAAGUUCUGCCAGACUAUGGGUUGGAAUGACAACGGCCACAAGAAGGAUUGCAAACUUCUAAAAGAUCCUGACCUGAGGGGACUGUUUCUUCUGAAGUGGAACAACUAUGACAGGCACAUGACCUUUCCUUUGAGGUUGGAAGAUUAAAUAUGUAGCAGCUUAGGGCUGUUCGAUGGAGACACACCUCUACACCGGGCUGCGUACAAGGGACUUAAGGAC